AUGAUGGAGGCCUCUUAUUCAUGCAGUGAGCAUGCACCUGAGAUUGUUUUCUUUGAUUUGGAAACCACAGUGCCCAGAAAGGGUGGACAACGGUUCUGGGUCCUAGAAUUUGGUGCUAUUGUAGUUAGUGCCCACAAACUCAACGAGAUCGAGAGCUAUACCACGUUGAUAAGACCCAAAGACCUUUCUGUAGUCUCAGUGAAGUCCAACAGAUGCGAUGGAAUAACUCGUGAAACUGUUGAGAAUGCACCAUGUUUUGAGGAUGUUGCAGAUAGAAUAUUCAGUAUUUUGAAUGGAAGGGUGUGGGCUGGGCAUAACAUUCAGAGAUUUGACUGUGUUCGAAUCAAAGAGGCCUUUGAAGAUGUCAAUAGGGCAGCACCUGUACCAGUUGGAAUCAUUGACUCUCUGGGGGUCCUAACUGAGAAGUUUGGACGCAGAGCUGGUAACAUGAAGAUGGCAACACUGGCUUCUUAUUUUGGCCUUGGCCAGCAAAAGCAUAGGAGCUUAGAUGACGUUCGCAUGAACUUGGAGGUCCUUAAACACUGUGCAACGGUGUUGUUUCUGGAAUCUACUCUACCAAACACGUUGCAUGGCAAUUGGUAUGGAUCUUCUUCCAGCAUUAUGACGCGAAGCAAAACUAAUGGGAAAUCGCCCAGCAAAGACGAGACUAAUAGAAAAUCUCCCCCAACUUCAUUGGGAUAUCAGAGGACAGUCCCUUAUGCUAGGGGAAGUUUGGGAAAGGUAACCGAAAGAGUGAAGGGGUUGUUGUGUAAAGCACAAGGGCAACCACCUCUCCAACAACUACUCAAACAUUCUCAUUCAUUGCUAAGGUGAAGAAUUGCCAAGUUGGAUUUUCCGUUCAGAAGAAGGCCUCAUGUUUUGUUGAGGUGGCAGAUUGAAAGGAAGAUGUGCAUGCACAAGAUGCCAGCAUGUUUUACUAGGACGAUUCCGAGAAUGUUUAAGAUUCUAAAGCUCAAGAAAGAAACCGAGUA